AUGGAUUAUACGGAAAAUGAAGAGAAGAAGGAGGACUAUUUUGACAAAAUAACAAAUUUUUUUAAUUAUUUUACAUUAGGUGGUGAGGACAAUACAAAAGCUGCACUUGAAUCUUCGGAUGUUGAAAGAAAUAAUAAAGGAAUAAAAGACUAUCAUCGAAAUAGUGUUCAACAAGUUGUUUACAAUUUAAAAUUAAAAAGAGCGUCAGUUUUGAAAACACCUAACCGAUUUAGCUUAGAUACUUCCAUAAUAAAAAAUAAAGAAGGUGCGAAAAAUAUAGAAAUCGAAAAAAAAUACCUGACCAAUUCAGCUGCUAAAAAGUGUGAUGAGCGAGAAAAAGUGGCAGCUAGCCAAAAUGUGUUACACAAAAAAAAGUCAGAAAAAAAUAAAAAAAAUUCCGAAAAGGAUUUUUAUUACCCUUCAAGUGUCGAUUUUGCUGGUGGGGAUAUUUUUCAUCUGAAAAGUGAGAAUAAAAAAGAAAAUACAGAAAGGAAGGAUGGAAAGGGAAAGAAAAGGGAAAAAAAGAAGCAGGAUGGGGAAAAAAGGAAAAAAAAAGAAAAAUGCAGCGACAGGGAGGGAAAUCGAAGGAUAGUAAAGAGUGAAGAGAUGGAAGAGAAGGAGCAGGAGGAGAAAAGGUGGAGGAAAAGGGAGGAAGAAAAGGGACAAGUAAAGGCGCAUGGAAAGGUGGAAAAGGAGGGGGAAAAAGAAUAUAAAGAGGUGCCAGGAACGGGGGAUGAAAAAGAGUUUAAAAAGGAGGAAAAAAAAGAGUAUAAAAAGAAGGAAAGUGGAAAGAAAGAAAGGAAAAAAGGGAGGGACCAAAAAAAAGCGCAAGAAGAAACAGAAACAGAACGAGAAAUACAAGUGCAAAGAACACAUGAAAAAAAAAAAAAAAGCAAAAAUAUAAUUUCCAGUUACGAACAAAACGAUCUAGCGAAAGGAAGCAGACUUGAAGAAAACAGUAAUGAUGAAAUUGGAAAAAGCGGUAUAAGGAAUUCCACUGAUUCAAAAGAAUUGCAUGAUAAAAACAAUGAAGCUUUAAACAAUAACUAUUUUAUAAAAGCGUAUGAUGAACUAAAAAUAAAUUAUAUAUCUAAUAGUGACAAGAAGUAUUUUAGUAUAAGGAGUAACAAACAAAAAGACGAUAUUAUAAAAUUGCCAAAGCUUAACUUAAUAACCCCAAGCAGGUCUUCUUCAAGUGAAGAAAAUAAAACAAAACAUGGAAACAUAACAACUAAAAAUGCAUGUGACACGUUUUGA